GGCCGACAAACCACUCUUCUCUAUCAGUAUGCCCUUGAAUAGAUGAGGCUAUACAAAGUCCUUUGCUCUUAAAUGUAUUGCUGUCACUGAGAAUAUUUGGAGGUUUUCUCUUGGGUUCGUUUGGAUAUUUUUUUUUCAGCUUUUGUCUGAAUUUUGGUUUUAUUUUUCUGGGACAGAGAAAAUGGCCUUCCUUAUGAAAAGUAUGAUAAGUAACCAGGUAAAGAAUUUAGGAUUUGGUGGUGGGUCUGAAGAAAAUAAAGAAGAAGGAGGUACAUCUGAUCCUGCAGCAGCUCAUGGGAUGACUAGAGAGGAGUAUGAGGAAUAUCAAAAGCAAAUGAUUGAGGAGAAGAUGGAAAGAGAUGCUGCAUUUACACAGAAAAAGGCAGAGAGGGCAUGCCUCAGAGUUCAUCUCAGAGAAAAAUAUAGACUCCCAAAGAGUGAAAUGGAUGAGAAUCAAAUCCAGAUGGCUGGAGACGAUGUGGAUUUACCUGAAGAUCUCCGGAAAAUGGUAAAUGAAGAUCAAGAAGAGGAAGAAGAUAAAGAUUCGAUUCUUGGGCAGAUACAGAAUCUCCAGAACAUGGACUUGGAUACCAUAAAAGAAAAAGCCCAGGCCACCUUCAGCGAAAUCAAGCAGACAGCAGAGCAGAAGUGUUCUGUGAUGUGAGGGUGGGGAGGGGUAGAGGGAGGGCACGAGCCGUCCUUGGAAAAGACCACUCUCCUGUGGGACGGUCCAAACAGUACAUGUUUUCACAUAGUGAACACAGUUAGGAAAACCACAAUGAUCUAUUGAUAAAUAAUAAUUGGCUGUUCUAAAUAUUCCUGGCAGAGCAUUAGCUAGCACCUUGCAGCAGGAACCCUGCUUUCCUCUUAGUUAUAAAUGAGACGGACUGCAAAAUUUCCGUUGUAAAUGGUGAUACAGAACAUGUAUCUGCUUAAAGACUUUGAGAUGAGCCAGGAAGAAACAAAAGCCAGUGGCAUUUCCUCUCCAACUUUCUUCCUUAGAGGC